GAAGCUUUGUGAGUUCACAUUCGUGGUAUAUUAUUUAUACGUAUAAGAAUAAAAAUAAAAUUGUUAUUACGAAACCAGAAAAUAACUUUCAUAAAGCUCAGUUGUUUUGUGUAUUGUUGAACUUUUUCCAAUGGCUACGAUAACACAAUUGCCCGACGAUUUGAUUCUUAUUAUUCUGGAAAACGAAAUCCUCAACAUGGAGGAUAUCGUGAAUUUUAUGUCUACGUGUAAAAGAUUCCAACAAAUAACACUAUCCUACAAAUUUUGGGAAAAGAGAUAUUAUCAAAGAUGUUAUAUUGCACAAAAAAAUAAUGGAAUAAAACCAAAAAAAUUUUUUCAUGAUAUUAAUUUCAAACAAAUAUUACAUUAUAUCCAAGAGAUACAAGAUUAUACUAUUAAAAUGUCGGAACAUAUGUUAAAUAAGACUGACAUAAAACAAUUGGAGAGUUCUCUGCGUUCAAUUGCCGAAAAUUCCAUGAUAUAUUAUAUUGUGUUGGAUGAAAUGAAUAGAUUUUCUGUUCAAAAACCAUGCAAACUAUUUUCCAAUUUAACAUAUGAAUAUAACUUUAAAUUAAUUUUUUCCUGUCUAAAACAGUAUCGAUUUGUACAUAAGCAAAUGAAGUUUAUGAAUUUGCCGGAGGCAAAACUGCUUUUGGAAAAACAACUUACGAUCCUGGCGAAAUGUUUUCAGCCACGUGUAUCUUAUUCGGUCAUAGAUACGUGGUUAAAUAACGUAACGCAGACAGUACUAUCUUGUCUGAAAAAUAAACAUCCAAGUCAUUUAAUUUGUUCUACAGCUUUAGAGCAAUUUUCUUUUUGGAGAGAUAACAAUAUUGAUAAAAGUUUCUGGAAUGAAACAGAAUCAACGCAAAUUAUGUGUGUUCUCAGAGAAUAUAUAUAUUCCGAGUUAAAGUUUCAUGAAUUGCAUGAAUUAUUAAUGACAUUUGAUUUUGAAGCCGAAUAUAUAAGAAGUAUUACAGAAUAUUUUCGAGCAUCUCUAUUGACUAUCACGUAUCACAUCGUAGCUAGAAGACUCGGCAUAUGCAGCUUGCUAGAAACAAAUAAAAUUGAUAUUGAAGUUAAAUGGAGUCCAAGUUUCAGGAAUAGAAAAAAUAAGUAUAGUUGCAGCCGCACUUAUGUAAAUCCAUAUCCCUCGCAACUUUUACCAGUGAAAUCAAACAAUUACAAUUGGAGGUUUUCAAAAGAUAGAUGUAUCAUACAUUUAAAUUAUUUAUUGGUAUCAGAUCUUCCAUGUAUUGAGCUAACAAGAGAGAUAUUGAUGUAUUUCUUUAAUAAAUUUAGAUAUGAUCAUAAAAUGCAUAUCAAAUGGAAUUUCAAACUCUUCAACUUUUUAUGGCAACAUUUUCUAAGAACAGAUUUUAUCACAAAAAAAAUAAAUAUUGAAAUUGAAUAUAAAAAGAUUACAAAAAGUACAAUAGAGGUUAAAUCUAAAGACGUGAAUAAAUCAGUCAAUAGGAGGACAGAAGAUGUUAAGUUUGCCGUUGGAAUGAUAGUAACGCAUUCGCACGACCCCAACUCUGAUGAUCGUGAUGGUGUAAUAAUAGGAUGGCAUCAUAAUUAUGACAAAUGGUUCCUAGUGGAAUUCCUAGAGGAAUUAUACAAGACUAAUAUUUUCACAUGUGUAUGCUCUGAAACUAAUGACCUCUACAGAACUGCCCUCUUGAAAUAUUAUACUGAUAAAAAGCUGUACUACAUUAUUCUCACCGAGAAUAAUAAUAUUUGUUAUGUACACCAAAGUAUGAUUCUUACUAGCGUUCUUAUAAAGGGACAUAUGUGUUUUACAAUCUCUCAUCUCAUAUCUUUUAUCUGUGCAAUUAUAUUUCUUUUAUUUUAGGUCAACUACACAUAUGUCAUCCAAAACAAAUCAAUAACGUAGAAAUUGGAAAAUACUUCUCCAGUUUUGAAGGCACUUAUUACGUACCGAAUGAAAACUUAA